AUGUCUUCACCUUCCGCGGCAACGACUCCGAUCAAGCGGAGCUCGUCUAGCGAAGAAGAGAAACCAAGCAUCAAACGGCAAAAGACGAACAGCGACGCGCCUCAAAGCCCUCCUUCCACAGACGAUGAAGAGCCAAGCCUGCCAGGCGCGACCAAAGUCAGCAUUCCUUCUCUGGAUUACCAAGCAAAAAGUGGUCUCGAAAGAAGUAUAGGACUGGCACUGCAGCAAGUUGGAUUUGACUCCGCUACCCCGGAAGCGAUGCAGGGCUUCUUGGGGGCCGUAGAGACCUAUAUGGCCUCUAUGAUCGCUGAUUCCAAACGUCUCGCCCUUGCUGCACGACGGGAGCAGCCGACUCCGGCCGACUUCGAGUCUAUGAUGCGACGCUACACUCUGAAGACGAAGGCGAUGCGGCCCCACGUUCGUCAUCCCAUACCAAAGGCGAAGCUAGACGUGGAAUACUUCAAUCCGUUGGUCGAUGAUCCAGAUGCGUACACAACCUUACCUCUCCUUGGCGAAGAGCUGAGCGGCAAGCCCGAGAAGGAAGCCAAGCCGUACAUACCAAAAUCCUUCCCCGACUUUCCCAGCAAACAUACCUACAAAUACACACCCAAAGAAGAUGACAACGGUCGAGACCCCCAGAAGACGAGGGAAGAGGCGGCCAAGGCUUCGAAGCAAGGCGAGGAGGCCCUACGAGGCCUGGUGAGGGCGGCAAAGGUCCGAAAGCAGAAGGAAAUCAGAUCUCUGUCGGAGCGCGAUCCUAUGACCAAGGAACGCUAUUCCCUAUGGGCAGCCGCUAUGGAAGGUUUCGUCAAAAAGGAAGGCGGCACAACCGGCCAACAACUCGAAAUUGCCGAUCAUAGCAUGAUUGUCAACUCGGACGCCCGGCAUUUGCGUAGGGAAUUGAUUCUCAAGGGUACCCUCGAGGGCCACAAUGGCUGGGUCACCAGCCUGGCUACCUCCAUGGAGAACCCCAACAUGCUCCUGUCCGCUUCCCGUGACAAGACUCUGAUCAUCUGGAACCUCACCCGUGACGAGUCCCAGUACGGUUACCCCAAGCGCUCCCUCAAGGGCCACUCCCACAUCGUCUCCGACUGCGUUAUCUCCUCGGACGGCGCCUACGCCCUGUCUGCCUCUUGGGACAAGACUCUCCGCCUUUGGGAGCUUGCCACCGGCACCACCACCCGCCGCUUCGUCGGCCACACCAACGACGUUCUGUCCGUCUCCUUCUCCGCCGACAACAGACAAAUCGUUUCCGGCUCCCGCGACCGCACCAUCAAGCUCUGGAACACCCUCGGUGACUGCAAGUACACCAUCUCCGAGAAGGGUCACUCCGAGUGGGUUUCCUGCGUCCGCUUCAGCCCCAACCCCCAGAACCCCGUCAUUGUCUCCUCCGGCUGGGACAAGCUCGUCAAGGUCUGGGAGCUCAGCACCUGCAAGCUGCAGACUGACCACAUUGGCCACACCGGCUACAUCAACACCGUCACCAUCUCCCCCGAUGGAUCCCUCUGCGCCUCCGGUGGCAAGGACGGUACCACCAUGCUCUGGGACCUUAACGAGUCCAAGCACCUCUACUCCCUGAACGCCAACGACGAGAUCCACGCCCUUGUCUUCUCCCCCAACCGCUACUGGCUCUGCGCUGCUACCGCCAGCAGCAUCAUCAUCUUCGACCUUGAGAAGAAGAGCAAGGUUGAUGAGCUCAAGCCUGAGUUCACCGCUGUCGGCAAGAAGAGCCGCGAGCCUGAGUGCGUGAGCUUGGCCUGGUCCGCCGAUGGCCAGACCCUGUUCGCCGGUUACACCGACAACAUCAUCCGUGCCUGGGGUGUCAUGUCGAGAGCAUAA